CGGAAAAAUAUUAUCCCGUAGUUCCGUGGUCGCGUCAGCCGUGCCUCGUGCGUUCUCGUUUGAUUUUUUAAUAUUUUUUUUUUUCGAAUACCGGACCGCAGUCGUCGUCGCCGUAUUGUUAUUAAUUAUUAAUAAUACGGCACGACCUUUUUUUGGUUUCGUUGUUAUUAUUUCAUCUAUCCUACCUACCUACCUACCUAUUUAUUAAAUAAAUAAAUUAUUACGUAAAACGAGACGUCAGAUCGAUGAUGUCCCUUUAAACGCACCACCGCUGUUGUACACCGUUACACUACUCGCCCGGACGUCUCGCACCUGUAUGUGUCCCAAAAAGAGACCAAACGAUUAUUGACAAACUUUCACGAAAAUGGGCCCGCGAUGAAAGCUUUAUAAGUCUGUGUGACACGUACAUCGCAAGGUAUCGACAUCGAUAUGGUCGUGAAGACAGAAUACAAUAUUGACUGGGUCUUACCCAAACUCCGGAAUCGUCGGUUUUUUUGGAAUUUCGCGUCUUGCAUCACCUUGGCGGCAGUCGGAAUUUUCAGCAAGAUAUUUAUCAGUAAUCAUUAUCAUCGCCCAUGGGUACCAUUAUGUUAUUUUAAUUUUGAUUUUCUUCAUUUCUAGAAUUGUUCAACAAGACGAGAGUCUUUAAUCUCGCUUCAUUUGAUAAAGCUCUUGAAAGGCCACAGCACAUACCCCUCAUUACAGUUUCUAACCAUGAUUCAUGUUUUGACGAUCCAGGAAUUUGGGGUAAAUCAAUUUUAGUUCUUGUGAUAGAUAUAGUUUUAGAUAUUUUAUUUAAUACAUUGUUUUAGGUGCACUUGGCUGGAAGAGAUUAAUAAUGUCAAAUAAAAUGCGCUGGGCACUGGCCGCUAAUGACAUAUGUUUCACAAAUUCAUUUUGUGCUCAUUUCUUUAUGCUCGGACAAUGUGUACCAACUAUUCGAGGUGCUGGUGUAUACCAAGUAAUACAUUAAUUGUUUUUUGUUUUUAAAUAUCAUAAAUAAUACAACCUAAAUUAGCUUUCAUAAAUUUUUUGGUGCACAAUGUUCAUACCAAGUACAAAUGCACAUUAUUAAUAUUUAUAUAUAUAUAUAUAUAUAUAUAAUUUUUAAUUAAAUGUUUUAAAUAUCUAAUUACAUUAAAAAUAUUAUUAUUGAACAAUAACAUUUCAUUAACAGUUUUAACUACCUAUAUACAUGUACAUUUGCUAUCAUACAAAUAAAUAAUUUUAAUAUUCAUAUAUACAUAAAUUAUAGUUUUUAAGCAAUGCAUUUUUGAUUGACUUUUUUUAUUGUUCUACUCUAAGUUUGAAUGCAUACAUUUUUAAACGUGUGUUAGGUAUUGAUUUAUUAUGUGUGUCAUUAAAGGUCAUAUUUUUGAAUGCUAAAAUUUUAACUGUUUAUUUUUAUAUUAGUUUAACAAGAUAAAAUUUGUAUUCAAAUUUCAAAUUUUAUUUUUUUUUUGUUUAUUUAAUAUUUAUAUUAUAAUUCAAAUUAAUAACAGUUUUGAAUAAAACGUUCUAUCAAGUUAGUUUUUUUUUUUUAUCAAGACAAGUAUUGUUUAGUAUAUUAUGUACUCUUUUUAAAUAUUUAAUUAAUUAUUAUGACUUAGUUAUCAUAAAUUCAAAUUAAAUAGAUAUGGAUGAUUUUUUUUUUUUUAUAAUGACCUUCUAUAUGCAUUAUAUAUAAAACAGAUCCUGACUUUAUAGCCUAUGGUCUGUAACGUAUAGCUUAUUAGCUUCAUGUGGCCCACUUAAUUGGUGUACCUUGCUAAAGUUCCAUAGAAAUGCACUCGUUUUUCUACUUUAUACAUUAUAAUGGUGAGGAAUUAUUUAUGCUUAUAAUGAAAAUAUUAUGUUUUUGAAAUAAAUACUAUUUAACAAACCAUUACAUUUAUUUUAUCUUUUUCUGUAUUUAUUUUUAUUGAGCCAAUAAUAUUAUUACAUAUUAAUAUAUUUUAUUUUCAAUCUAAUACAUACAUUGUUUUAUUAAUAAUAAUGUAAAAUACACUAGUUUUAUAUUUACUUAAUUGUAAACAAUACUUAUAACUUUAUUGAGUAUUAUAUUUUUAACAAAUAUCAGGAAUUUCUAUUUGGUGUCAUUCAAGUAAUAAUUAUUUAUUUUAAAUUCAAACUGGGUCUGUUAAAGUUUUAAAAAUACAUUUUUAGCUAUGUAAAAAAUACUAAAGGACACUGUUGGUAUUGGAAUAUCUCAUUGAGGUAUACAUUUUCAAUGAUUUAUUUUUUUAAUAUUAUUAAUUUAUAAAUGUCUCUAAAUUGCAAAAAAAAAUUAUAAAAGAUAUUGUAAAAUUAAUUAAAAUAAUUAAUCUUAAUUCUCAUAUUUUUCUUUUUACAUUCAAAUUGUCAUGUCUUGGAUGACAUUUACUGUUUUGUAAAAAUGUAGGUAAUUUAAUUUAAUACAUUCAUUAUCAGCAUUUAUUUUAAAUCUGAUCGCAUAUUAAGUAUAAUAUAUUUGUUAUAAAUAAGUUAGCAUUUGGUAAUACAAUUUUAAAAUUAUGAAAUUUUUUUACAGGAAGCCGUUAAGUUUGGUACAGAACUAUUGUCUAAAGGUAAAUGGUUACAUAUAUUCCCAGAGGGUCGUGUUAACAUGAGUAAAGAAUAUAUACGUCUUAAAUGGGGAGUUGGUCAAAUGAUAUACAAAUCACCUAUUAUGCCAAUAAUUGUACCCAUUUGUCAUGUAGGCAUGGAAACUGUAUUACCUAAUGAACCACCAUACUAUUUACGAACUGGCCGUAAGGUAACAUUUAAUUUUGGUGAGCCUAUAGAUUUAAAAGAGUUUGUCUUAAAGUUAAAAGAAUCAAAAGCCACCGAUGAGGAAGCUCGUAAAGCGAUUACAGAUAAAAUUGAAGAAGAGUUAUAUAAAUUGAAAAAAGAUACGAUACUAUUGCAUAAUAAGUUGAAUUCUUGACAGUCUAGUUUGUAUUUAUUUAAAUAUAAACAUUUAAUAAUGACCGAGAGUUCUCCUAAACUAAAUUUUAUGAGUAAGGUUUUUAUAAAACAUAUUUGUGUAUUAUAAAUAUCAACAAAUGAUGUUUGUAUGUUUGUUUAUUCAUAUAAAAAUGAUUAAUAUAACUUUAUGUUUUAAUAUUGUUUAUAAAUUAUAAUACUGUUUUAUUAUACAUCACAAGUUUUUAAUUUGAACUCAAUUGUUCAAUUACAGUAAUUUGAUUGUUAAUAUUAGAUAUAACAUGUGUCUGUAAAGUUUGGAAGCUAUUAAUUUUUUUUAUGAAUUACUUAUGAUAAUUUACAGCUAUAAAAUUGUAUGUUUGUUAUUUUUAAUAAUCGUAAUCUUAUAAUAUUAUUACAUGUAAUUUCCAUUAAAAAAAUUUAAUGCUUCCUAACUUUCUAGAUGCUUUACAAAUGUUAUAAUAAAUAUCUAAGUUUCUUAGUACAAAAAUAUAGUUCAUCAGUAAAUCUAGUUGUCUAUUUCUAUAAUUUUUAUAAAUUUGUUGUAACAUACAUUAGAAUAACCAAGUGAAAAUUAACCAAUUUUGGGUUUACAAGCUUUGAUGGAAACUAAAUCUGAUCUAAUUUCACUACAAAAACUUCAGUGAACUAAAUUUUACUUUUAAAUACUAAUUCUAACUAAGUCUAAGAUUUGCUGCAACAUACGCCUAAUAUGCAGUGUGUUCAUGCUAAGAGGUACCACUAAAUAUUUCUGUUGGAUAACUUAGUAUUGAAAUGGAAUAAUAAGAAGGAUCCAUGUAUACAAUAUUUUUUAAAUGCUCUCAUAAAAAUAAAUGAAGUAAGCUAUAUUUCCUAUCAUUUCCCGAAAACUAAAUUUCUAUAGUAGGUCAUCCAACUGAAAUAUUUAGCGGUACCUCUUAGUGUGAUCUGUAUACAUAUAAAUAUAUAUAUUAUUUUUUUACUAGAAUUCUAAAAAAUGUUAUUUUUUAAACUUUGUUUGAAUAAAAACUUAAUUCAAAUAAAUUGACUCUUCUUUACAAAUUUAAAUAAUCUCCGUCCAUUUAAACAUAAUAUGGCUUUUACUUAAUAACUAAUAGAUCUUUAUAUUUAAAUUUAUUUUAUUUAUUAUUUUUUUUUUUUUCAUGUGAACCUAGUACUUAAUUUUAAAAAUAUCAUAGUUUAAUUCUGGAAAUUUUCAUUUUUAUGUCUUUUUAUUGUACAUUUCAAAAUAAAUGUAAUUAAUCACAUUAAAAAUAUCUAUUUAUAUAAUUCUUAACUAACAUGUCUAGUCAAUUUGUUUAAAUUUCUGUAAAUGUAAAAUCAAUUUUAGAAGAUUUCAUUUUUUUUUAAAUUAUUAUUUUUAUAUAAUAUAUACUGUAAGAUAUCAAAUGUCAUUCUUGCCAAAAAAAAUUUUAUUUUCAAAUUUUAUGCACAUACGAAUUAAUUAAAUAUCAAGUUUUCCUUAUUUUCAGUUUGCUAAUUUUAUUUUUUAUUUUUUUAUUUUUGUUUGUUAACUAAUCAUAAUAUUUAUAUAUUUUUUUAAAUUGUGAAUUAUAUAAGAUAAUUUUAUUCCUUCUGGUUUACAUAAACAUCAAUAAAUUGUGAUUAUGAUGUUUGUACAAUUUUAAGUGGAGGAUUUUAAUAAAUAUAAUUGACACAUUGAGCCUUAUGUCAAAUCUACAAUAUUGUUACAUGGUAUUAUAAUAAAACAAAAUUAAUGGUCAUCAAUUACCAAUAUCGGACACAUUGUUAUACAAUAUAAUAUAAUAUAUACAUUUAUUAUCUACUAUUUAAUCAAUUAUAAUAAUGUUUUUACUUUAAAUAUUGUAAUUGUGUUUGUGAUACAGGUACCUAACUGCAUUUAAUAUAGAAACAUAGUAUGUUUUAUGUAAUAAAAAUUGAACAGAAAAUUUAAAUUAUUGAAAUUUUUAAAUAUUAGGAAUGCAAUAUCAUUUUCUUCUGUUAUUAAA